AUGGGCUGCUCGGCGUCUUGUCCGGCGAAUUUCAUCGCUCACCAGCAGCAAAACCCCGUUGCCUCGAACUCAUCCUCCUCGCUUUCCAACUCGCCGUACUACUCCUUCUCUGAUCCCUCGUCGACGCCGGUCUCGAGGACCCUCUCCCUGCCGACACCGCUGGUCCACCACCCGCCGCUGCGGAAAGGCGACUCCAACCACUUCGUCUCGCUCACGUCCACCACCUACGGCUCGCUCGUGCUCGUCGACAGCCCGGCCCGAAACCCCGACCGGGAUUUCCCUAAUCCGGCGGCGUCGCAGGCGAUGAAGGAUGAGGAUUUUGACCUGCCGGAGGACCCCCUCUCUCCGGACUCCGUCAUCAACACCUGGGAGCUGAUGGAGGGUCUCGACGAUGAGGAAUUUCAGUUCCACAUGGUGGGUUCCCCUGAAAAAUUCGGCCCGAAAAAGGGAAUCAACGAAAUCGAAAGGGAGAUGGUGAAUUCGUAUGAGAUUGUAGAGCACCCAGAGUCGAAGCCUCUGUGGAAGCAUUUAUCAGAGGAAUCGUUGUUGGCGAAAAUGGACACAAAUGUGGUGUCCAGCUACAGAAAGGCCUUGAUGGGCAGGCAAAAUGUUGGUGAUAAUGCCAAGGAGAGCUUGAAACCUCCGAAAAAAAUCGAGUCUUUCCAGUCUAAUGAUAUGGGCUUGGGCUCCUUAGUUUCGGACAGCGACGAAUCUUGUUGUUUAUCGGGUGCUGAGGAUAGAAUUGUGCUGUACUACACUAGUUUGAGGGGAAUAAGGAAGACUUACGAGGAUUGCUGCGCGGUCCGUGUGAUCUUAAGAGGGUUUCGAGUCUUUGUGGACGAGAGGGAUAUUUCAAUGGACAGGUCUUAUAGGGCCGAAUUACAAGAAGCUCUGAAGGGAAAAGCUGUAAGCUUGCCACAGGUUUUCAUCAAAGGGAAGUGUAUAGGUGGGGCAGAGGAGAUCAGGCGGCUUAACGAGGCUGGUGAGCUGGCGAAGCUGCUGGAGGAUUUUCCGGUUAAGGAUUUGGGGUUUGCCUGUGAGGUCUGCGGGGAUGCUCGUUUUGUGCCCUGCUCGAAUUGCAAUGGCAGUCGAAAGAUUUACGAAGGGGAUGAGGGGAAGUUGAUGAGAUGUCCCGAAUGCAAUGAAAACGGGUUGCUUAGGUGCUCUGGCUGCUGCCCUUGA